AUGCGGCAGCCGGCGGACGGCGGCAAAACUGCCCCGCAGAUCAAGCAAACGAAUGUGUUGAUCACAAUUGCUGGCUGGGUCACCUACGGCGUCGACGACCACACGCUGCCGUUCUCGACACUCGAGCCCAACAUCUACGGCGACCAGUACACACUCGUGUGGGAGACCAAGACCCUUGAAGAGCUCGGCUCGGCGCUGAAGCUCUUGGGCAUGGAAGUGGCUUCGUUUUUGUUCCAGAAAGGCUUGGAGGUGACGGUGCUGCCUAUUCUGAUGAUGGGCCUGACCGGACCGCUGUGGAUGCUCAAGCUGACGUAUCUGCUCGAUAACCCGUGGGGCAACGCCCUGGGCAAAGCCAAAUGGGCUGGCAGGGUCUUGGCCGACACGCUACUGCAAGGUGCCCAGGAGAAUCGGCCCGUCACUCUCGUUGGGUUCUCGCUUGGCGCCCGCGUGAUUUACUACUGCCUGCUGGAGCUCGCCGAGAAAGGCGCCUUUGGAAUCGUGGAAGAGGCGUACAUGUUCGGCUGCCCUGUGAUGGCCACCAAGCUCGAGUGGGAGCAGAUCGCCUCGGUAGUGUCCGGCCGUAUCGUCAACGGAUACCUCUCCAACGAUUGGGUCCUCGGUGUGCUCUAUCGGGCAUCCUCGGCCUACUGGACCGACGUUGCGGGACUGCGCCCCGUCCAAGGCGUGGCCGGCAUCGAGAACUACCAGCUCAACGACAUCAUCAGCGGGCACCUCGAAUAUAGG